AUGAGGACGAAUAGGGAAUUCAGAAGGAGGAAGAGAAACGAACAGGAUGAUAAGGGGACAACGGAAGUUACCUCAAGGGAGGACACUCUUCCAGCGGAGAACACUCUUCCAGCGGAGAAACAUAUCUCAGAGUCAGCGGGGGACACCUCGGAGCCCCAGUCUGUGGAAAUCGUGUGGCCGGCCUUUAACCAUCCGGCAACAACUUCAAGGCCAACAAAAGUCUUCUCCCUCCACAAUCGGGUUUACUGCGAUUGCUCGAAAUACUUCAGCACCUCCCUCAGCCCACGUAAUCGCGAUGUCUUCGUUGAGGCCCAAACAGGCCACGUUGUCUUCAACGGCAACGAUGAUGACGACGAUGACGACGAUGACGAACCAGACGACUUUUACCUCUGGGCCGUCUGGCUCUAUGUUUGCAGUGGCUGCAAGCACGAGUUCCAGGACGAUCACCGGUGUAGGCCUUCCAGGCCGGAGUCCGGUAGGACUGCCUCAGGGUCCUCGGAGUCGGCUGCUAGGGCCGGGGAAUACCUCUACGCCUCCCAUAAACCCUACGGAUUGCCCCAGCCCCCUGUCUGCAAGUCCCUCUCCAAUCGCAUCGCAGAAGAAGAAGGAGAAGGAGAAGGAGACCAUACCCGCUAUGGCGGCCACGAGGAUGAAAGAAGACGCCGCAACUGCUGCGGAAACGGGGGAAAUUUGUCGUCGAAGGUUACGGGCGACCCCAACGCGCCCCUAGAAGCAGCAGCCGCGUACAUGUUCGGAUACCGCCUUUGUUGUCGAUUACGAGGAAGGGGAUUGCACAAUCACCGAGGGUGGCUGGCCCCCGACCUCAUGCUUAACUUUGCCGCGGACAGCUUUACUCAAGAUAAGCAUUAUCUGAUUCAGCUCUAUGGCAAAAUUCUCGGAAUAGUUCGCCGUCCAGGUGCCUUUAGUGGCGUGGUACCGGUACCUGAGGUGGGAAUGGUUAACAGGGUUGACGAUGCUGCUCGAAAUACCAAAAGCGUGCGGGUAAUUUCUGUGGGUUAA